CCGCCGCUAGGAAGUAACAGAUGAUGAAGAUGAAAACUAGAAGGAAAGUCCUUAUAAAAAAAUCAGUCAAAGUUCGAAUUGCUAGCGAAGCUGAUAUUAUUAAGAAACUGGAAAUUUGGUACACGCGAUGGACAAAAAGUAUUGGGCGACCUCUUACUCCAUUAAAUCUGAAGAAAAAAACCAUAAUGCUAUUGAAAACGCUCAAAGUGUCUGCGGACAUCAUAUCUAUAAUCACGCUAGAUUGGAUUAAAAAGUUUAUGAAGAAUCGAGGUGACUUGGAAGGAUACAAUGAUGACGAGAUCUAUGCUGGACUAUUGAUUCCUUUUGAUGUCAAUGGUAUUCCUGAUGUUACAUUAGACACCACUGUAAAUCCAGACCGAAAAGUGUGGCUUCUGAUGGCUGGUAACAAAAGUGGAAGACACAGAACCAGAGUAUUAGUUAUAGGUAAGAGAUGGAGACCUCCUUGUAUGGAAACUGUGAAUAUGUUGGGGCAGCCUGUUAUAUACGCAGGGGGUGGUGAUGGUUUUCCUACACAAGAUUUAUUUAAAUGGUGGUUUGAGACAGAAUUUUGUCCAGCUGCUCUGUCUAUCAAUUCAAAAGCUGUGUUGGUUAUGGAUAAAGCAUCUUUUAUUCCAGAAAAGUGUGAAUGUAACGGAGUGUCUUUACAAAAUCACGACGGAGAUUCGAUUUCUAAAUCUACAUUGUUCGUUGAAUUUAAAGCUACAUACACAGCUCUACUUCUUACUCAGGCGUCUUUAGAUCAACAAUCCGAACGAUCAAUACAAAGAUUUUUAGGAAAAUACACAUUAAAAGACGCAUUCAUUUUAUUACAUAGAGCUUGGUUACAAGUCACCACAGAAUCGUUUUCAACUUGUUGGAAAAAUUGUAUAUAUACAUCAGCACUGAAUGGUAUUAUUUUGGGAGUGCAGUGGUUAGCUCAUGAUCUUGGACUAGAAGUAUCAGACGACGAUAUGCUGGUUUGGAUUUUAUCUAACCCCGCGGAAUUCACUGAGCCGGAAAAUUUAUCUACAGAUUCCGAGGACAUUGAAAUUCCACCUUCUGCUACACAAACUGUGGAUUAUCUAAAAAAGGCGUUAUUAUGGGUCGAGACUCAGCCACUUGAACCGUCGUUUGUUAUUGCGAUAAGGGACUUAAUAACUUAUGCUAAACAGGCAAGCAAGAUCGGUUUAGGACCAGCCCAUCCGUUCUUUUGCCACAACGGCGAGCAGCUGGGUACCCAACCACCACCCGCCCAUAUGGGCAUACCUCCUUACCAACUUGACAAAGCACCCGGACUUCCGAGGCCUUCUAUGUACCCAUUCCCCACAGGCCAGUACCCUUAUCCGUUAUUAAGUCCGGACAUGUCUCAAGUUGCAGCCACAUGGCACACGCCGGCUAGUAUGUACCAUCAGAUCUCAUCGGCUGGAACUGGUUUCAGAGGAUCCUACCCACCUUCUUUAGGAACAAGCCUUACUAGUGAGCUGUAUAGGUUUUCACCGACGGGACUGAUGAGUGGUCCAUCACCCCAUCACCAUUUAUCCCAUCAUACCCAUCAUUCUCAUCCUGCGAUUGUAACUCCAGGAGUGAGACAAGACCUGCAUACGGAUUCUAAUCACAGGCCGCAAAACGACCAUAGUAAAAAUUCUUCUUGUUCAGACGGAUCCAAGCACCAUGAUACUGUCCAAAACAGUAAUAACCAAGAUAAGAAGAAGCCUCAUAUAAAGAAACCUCUGAAUGCGUUCAUGUUGUACAUGAAAGAAAUGAGGGCAAAGGUGGUGGCGGAGUGUACGCUCAAAGAAAGUGCAGCGAUCAACCAGAUAUUAGGGCGACGGUGGCACUCUCUGUCGCGAGACGAGCAGGCCAAGUACUACGAGAAAGCGCGCCAGGAACGACAACUCCAUAUGGAACUGUAUCCUGGUUGGAGCGCUCGGGAUAACUAUGGAUACGGCGCCAAGAAGAAGAAACGGAAGAAAGAGCGCGUACCGGUCAUAGAUGCUGGCUCAGGAGGUAAUAACAGUAUGAAAAAAUGCCGUGCAAGAUACGGACUCGACCAGCAAAGCCAAUGGUGUAAACCUUGCAGGCGCAAAAAACGUUGCAUACGGUACAUCGAGAGCGGCGGAGACUCGGGCAACCAGUCGGACGACAACCAAUCGACGGGCAGCAUGGGCCACUCGGACAACGAGGAGGCCGACUCGGCGUCCAGCCCCGGCGGCCUGAGCGCCCUGUCCAGCCUGACCAGCCCGGGCAUGCUGACGCAGGCCAGCCUUUCCCCGGCCACGCCGCUCACGCCGCACGUGUCCGAGUACGAGUGCCCGCCGAUGGCGGUGCGCAUGCCGUUGGCGGUGGUGGUGCCCACCAGACACCAUCAGCCGGUCGGCACCAACCCGCACGACAUCAACAACCCGCUCAGCGUCAACCAGCUGACGGGCGGCGUCGUCAACAACAAGUGCCAUAACAACACCAGGGAGCAGCAGCAGCAGCAGCAGCAGCAUCAGCACCAGCAGCAGAACGAUCUGAAAACCGUACCCAACCCGAACAACCAGCCCGAACAACAACGACCCAACAACAGCAACCGGACGCUGCCCGCCAUCAGCGUGACGUAGCGAAGACAUGAUAAUAAUAAUAAUUGUAACAAAAAUAAUAAUUGUAAUAAUAUUGUGUUGUUGUUACGUAGUUCUAUACGAUAUUAUAUAUGAUGUUUAUUAUUAUUAUUAUUAUUAUUAUCGACCCACCCGCUCAAUUUAUCGUAUAGUUUUUUUUUUUUUUUUGUUAUUCUCCGCGCAAUACGAACGAAGUAUAUAUAUAUAUAUGUAUAUAUCAUAUUAUUAUAUUAUAUAACGUUAUGUCGAUGUAUUUGCGAACGUGCCUACCGCGAUAGAUAACACGAUAUCGGCGGGACGCGUGUUGUGCGAUCGGCGACGAUCGUUUUGGUCAUAUAGAGGCAAAUUAAGCGGACAAAAAUCACUACACACGGGACGGCGGACGCUCGCGGUUCGCCGCUGGACUUUACCUACUUACACUUGACCGUAUAAUUAAAUUCGUUCGAAACGAGAUAACGUUUAAAUUAUUAUGAUUAUUAUUAUUAUUGAUAUUAUUUUAUUGCCAUUUCGAGAAUGUUUACGUAUAGAAUCCCUUUGUGUACCUCAAAGACUAAACGCAAUUGUUUUUUUUUUUUUUUUUUAAUUUUUAAUUAGUUCUUAAUCAUGUUGUGUGUGUAUAAUUGUUCAUGAUGAUAAUAAUAUAAAC